AUGUCUGGAUGGGGGACUAUCGAUCCUUUUGGACUGCGAAUCGCUAUUUCUCAGGCCCGGAAAAGCUACGAAGAAGGCGGUAUUCCCAUCGGUUCUGUGUUGCUCAUCCCUGCAUCGUCGGGCGACCCCAAGGCGGAUCCACGGCAGCUUGGCUAUAAGGUUCUGGGUCAAGGACAUAAUGAGCGGAUUCAGAAGUCGUCUGCGAUUCUUCAUGGAGAGAUCUCGGCGCUGGAAAACGCAGGAAGGUUAAAGGCGGAAGUGUAUAGGAAGGCGACGAUAAUUCCUUGGGUCGUCAUCGGGGAAAACACUACGUUUAUGGGCGGCGAAGACCUUCUACGUCAGAACGGCGUCGAAGUUGUGGUAAUCGAUGACGCUGAAUGCAAGGAAUUGAUGCAGAAAUUCAUCAAGGAAAAACCUGAGGAAUGGAACGAAGAUAUUGGAGAGAUCGCAGGCGCUGAAACAAAAUAA